UUAAGGCUUACCAGAAUGCCACCUAAGAAAGCAGAUGCUCAACAAAUCGACAUGGGAUCGUCUGAAAAGCAUGAGAACACUCACGGACUACAUUGGGCGAUGGCAUCGGUGUUCGUACUUGGUGACAUGGUCGGAGGUGGAAUGAUUGUGAUGCCAAAUGCAAUGGUGAAUGCCGGUAUGUGA